GUCACGCAAACCCAGAAGCUCAAAAUGCCCGACGGUCGUUUGCAAGGCAAAGAAAUCAUUGUCACCGCAGCAGCGCAAGGAAUCGGUCGUGCAGUUGCCGAAGAAUUUGCUAAGGAGGGUGCUAAUGUUUUAGCCACCGAUAUUAACGGCGAAAAACUCGCCGAACUCAAUGCUGUCAAAGGAGUAAGAACCAAGAUCUUAGACGUGACCAACUACGACGCGAUUAAAGAACUGGUCACAGAUUUCUCCAAGUUAGACGUGCUCUUUAACUGCGCUGGGUAUGUUCAUAAUGGAUCGAUCUUGGACUGCGAGGAGAAAGACUGGGACCUCUCCUUUGAUAUAAACGUGAAGAGCAUGUAUCGAUUGACUCGGCAGUUUCUCCCCAUCAUGCUCGCAAAUGGUGGAGGGGUGAUUAUCAACAUGGCUUCUGUAGCUUCGAGCAUUAAGGGAGUUCCGAAUCGUUUUGUGUACAGCACUACAAAGGGUGCGGUCAUCGCCUUCACUAAAGCACUUGCGGCUGAUUUCACCGCACAGGGAAUUCGCACCCAUGCCAUUUGCCCGGCCACAGUGGAUACUCCUUCACUGCGACAACGAAUCAACAGUGCCCCAGACCCUGAAGAAGCCAUGAAGAAUUUCCUGGCUCGGCAGAAACAGGGAAGGUUGGGAAGACCUGACGAAAUCGCAAAACUGUCUGUUUUCCUUGCUUCAGAUGAGGCACCUUACAUGACUGGCUGUGAGCAUAUCAUCGAUGGAGGGUGGAUGCUUGGCUAAGUGUCUGUUUUGUUAGGAGGGAGGGGAGGGGUGGGUUUAACUUGUUGGCUCCAAAUUUUGAUCAUCUCCAAAUCUCAUCAAUUUUUCUGUCAUGUGAUUUUGUUCAAACUGUUGAUGACACAAACUCUAGUUUACAUUCUUGCUUUAGACUAUCAGCAUUAUCAAGUAGCAUAGCUUAUUUAGUUAAUGAUUAAUGCAUUGCUAUCAGAUAACUCUCAAAGUCAGUGAAAGAUUCACUUUAUGUUUGGCAUUCCUGUUUAGCUCUAAUAUCUUAACACUGUUUCAGAAGUUUAUUGAUAUCAAGAAAGGGGGAGGGAACGGUAACAUUAGAUCAUUUAAAUUUUAUUAUUGCUUUAGCCCUUCUGAAACAAGGAGCUCUCCCCUAAAUUCACCAAUUUAUGUUUGCUAAGGAAACAGUAUUAAAAUACAUAAUGAGAUUUUUCCUUCUGAUUUUGGGGGCUUUAAUCAAUGCCUUUGAAGGGAGUAUAAUUUGUAAUGAAAUUAAUUUCAUUUAUUUGGUAAACUGGCUAUUUUAACAGAGACUAGAAAAAUGUUUUUUAUUUUAGUAAUUUUAUUCAAACUCUUUCUUGGUCCUAAGGACUUAAGCAUUGAAAUAAAUCAGAUGCUCUUCACUUUGAAAA